CCAUGUAGCCUAAUUAAACCUACACAUAUCGACACAAAGAACAGAAUGUGGAAAAGACUGGCCACGCAACUGAUCGGGGCCAAAUCUCAUUUCUCCAGUUGCGUCUCGUCUCCUCCUCACGCCUUGAUGACUCCAACUGUGGCCCCGCCCAAGUGUAAACGAGGAGCCUUUUGUGAGCUCGGAUUGGUCCGUGUUCGAGCACGUGGCGCACAGAAGCGCGCAGGAAGAGGAGUGCGCUGCUGGCGGGAGAGGACGAGUGUGUGCGCUACUGCUGUGCUCUAACAAAACGACCAUCUCCAGGGAGCAAAACUAUGCCGAGUUCCACCAUGCAGAAGAUAACUGAAAAACUUCUCAUUGAGAGAGGCUUUCCAAAAUCAAGCAAACUGGAACAAAUUCACUCUUUGAAGCUGUCAAAACUGGGCCUGAGGUGUGAGGAUCUGCCGGUCCCUCUUCUGUCUCACCUGGUGUGCCUGGAGAGGCUGGACCUGUCUGGGAACAGGCUGACAGAAUUCCCUGCAGCUUUGUGUCUGCCAUCACUGAAACACCUGGACCUGAGUGAUAACCAGAUGGAAGAUGUUUGCAACCUGCAGUGUCUGAGUGCGCUGGAAGAGCUGUGCCUGGACGAUAACCUCUAUAUCACUGUGAGUGAUAACUACAAGCUGAUGGUGCUGCUGCCCCAGCUCAGGAUGUACAACGGGAAAGACAUCACUGCUACGGCCAACCACCUGCGCUACGUUUACACAGACAACCUGCAGACACGGAUCAUAUCUUUGUGGGAGAGGAGCUUCAGCCUGCCUCAGCCCAUGAGCGCAGACAAGUUAACCGCGCUUGAGGCAGACUUUGUGCGCACAGCCAAACAGCAGGUGAAGUUUGGGCCCAGCUCAGUUAGUGACUUCACCAAGUGGAGGGUCGGUAUCAUGGCAGCUGAGUUCUUCAAGUUUCAGACACAACAGAAGGACCAACCACACAGAAAGGAAUCCACUACAGAUCAGGAUUCUGAGAAUGCAAAUCCACUAAAGAGAAAGAGGGCCGUUUCACCAGUUGCGGUCACAAAACAGACUCCUGCGAAAAAGGCCAGCAUAGUACCAGUAUCCCAAAUCCGAGAGAGCCCCCGCAAAUCAGCCCUGCAACUCACAGGCCAGAGGCAGAACCAGAGCACACACGACCUGUGUAAGUCCUCCACCCCACCCAGCAGCCCCCGCACCACCCGGAAGAGCAAGCAAGACAGUGUCAGCCACCAGCCCAGCAGCAGUCCAGCUAAACACCUGCUGCCAAGAGCAAAAAGCCCAAAUGAGGUGCAGAAACCUGUGUGUCUGAGAACUCAUCAUGUGCUGCAGUGCCACAGUAAACAGGACAGGACUGAUGACCUGAGCACUCAGCUGUGGACCUGUGCUUUCCAGCCCUCUGAUGGGUCCAGUCGCCUGGUGGCCACUUGUGGAGGGGACUCUGUGUGCCUGAUUGACUGUGAGCUCGGCCUGGUCAUGAAGAAGUACAAAGUCUCUGAAGAGGAGUUCUUCAGCCUGGCCUGGACCACCGUGUUGAUGUGUUGUGGUCAAGGCACUCCUGCUCAGCCCUGUAGUGUCCUGGCAGCUGGAGGGAAGAGGGGCAUGGUCAAACUAAUCCACCCACGGAACAAUAUUGCUUAUGGGGAGUUCAGAGCCAGUCGCAAAGCUCUGUCUGUGCUCCGCUUCAACCCUAACAAGGGCAACUUCCUAUACACUGGUUCCUACGACAAUAAGAUUGUGCUCUGGGACAUUGGAGGACUGGACAAUCACUACAAUUACAAAGUUGUUCAGCUGAUGUCGUUGGAAUGCAACUCCACUCCUUUACACCUCUGCGUUCCCCCCAAGGCCCCCCUCUCUCACCUCCUGACAGCUUGUGACAACGGACUGCACUGUUACAGCACCCAGGUCCAGACCACCACCACAACAAACAGAUGGAAGCAGAGAGAGGUGACUUUUCCUGUAUACAAGGACAAAGAUUCUGAGCAUGAUUACCACACUGUGGAUGGACUGUCCUUUCUAUCAGAUGACAUCGUAGCCUCAAAGAACUACAUGCACAGAAGCAUCUAUCUGUGGAGCUUUAGUCAGACAUUAGCUCAGCAGCCCCAUAAGAAGACUGGCUGUGUGAGUGCAGUGGUCCUUGCUGAGCUGCAGUGGACCUCCACCCAGGUGCCCUACCUCGCCCUCAACACCUGCCCAGGUCAGUGCUAUGUGGUGUGUGGAGACGACAGAGGACGCUUAUGGACCUACCACAUCAAGGAUUUGAAGGACAAGAGCAUUGCGCCCCAGAUCUUAGAGUGGCCGUCUGUUCGCAACGACAAGGGGCCAGUUGAGGGCCCCUCAAUCAAUAGUGUGGCUAUGGACCCCGAGCUGCAGUAUCUGGUGGCCCUGACUGACUGCAACCUGGUGGUGGUGUGGAGGAGGGAGGAGACAGAGAGCUGAAACACUGCCUUUCAUUUCAUAAGGGUUUAUUUUAUCGUUUUAGUUUGUCUAUAAUUGAAUGAGAAGCCAUGAGGUGGAUUUAGAUCAGAGCCUCACUGAAAAACUGUUGGCUAAUGCGAGCUAGCUUGUGACUGUAAUGUUAUUUAAGGGGGAUUUGAUCUGCAGCACAAAUCAUAUGUGCUCAUGUGGUCAACGAAAAAGAGAGAACAGUUUCUAACUCAGACAAUUUCAGUACAUUUCCAUUUUAACAAAAUACAUGCAUAUUUUAUUUUAUUCUAUUUAAAAAUCUUUAUGAAAAACUGUAGAGAGUUUUGAUUCUUAAUGGAUGCGGAAUCAUUUAGAGCUUUUUGACUCUUUCAUUCAUUGUUACAGUAAAAUAAGUAAAUCAUACAGUACAGUACAAUACAGUAUGUUAAAGGUGUUUAUUAAUGUUGCAAGAGAAUUGUAUUGCCAUUAACCAUCUGUCGAGCUUUUAAAAUGCCAAGAGGACGUGAGAAAUGUAUUUGGUGAUGUUGCUUUGUAGCAACCAUUAACAUAUUAAUGGUCAGUAAUGUAAUAAUAGCCAAUAAUUUUGGCCAAGUUUAAAUGUAAUGGUGAGCUAAUAAUGUAGUAAGUCAGUGUAUCUCAAAUUUUUCACACCAAGUACCACCAAAGAAAUGAUUUGGAUUUGUGAGUACCUCCAGAGCUAAACCAGGACUAUCACAGGACUAUUGUAGGUCUAAUCUAGGGCUAAACCAGGUGUAACAGCGGACUACAUUUCCUCUGUUCUUCUAAACAAUAAAUUGUCCAAAAGAGGACAAAAAGUGGAUAAAAUUAUACAAACCCACAAACUGAAGAGCCACCUGAAGGAGUUUGUGCACCACCAGUGCUGCAGUUUGAGAUUGUUGGCUGGUUUGUAUCUUUGCCUGACAAGGAACAUUUCCUUUGAUAAUAGCUGCAGCCAGUAGUGUAGCCAUUAUUGGCAAGAUGUUAUUACGUGUUUGGCCUUCCUUAUUACAUUUAACCUUGGCCAAAAUUCUUACAUUAUUGGCGGUUUUAACAUUACUGGCUGUAAUACGUUAUUGGCCUCACUCUUGUUAAUGAUAAUCUGAUGCAAGUCUUAAUUCUUGUUUGUGCAAAAUGUCAACUCUGUUCAGACAGUGAAUGGAAUAAAAAAAAAAAA